AUGGCAAAUUUAAUGAGAACACAAAUAGAAUUACAUAAACAGAUAGACAAGACGUUGAAAAACUUUAAGAAGACACCUAAAACUAGAUUAACAGAAACAUACGCUCAAGUAAAAUUAGAAAUAUUAGAAGAUCUAUGGAAUACAUUUACUCAAAAUCAUAGAACAUUAAUGAUGACCACUGACAUUAAUAUACAGGAAUCGGACUAUGUAAAAAAUGAAAUUUAUGAUUUAACCGAAGACAUUUAUACUACUGCGAAGUGUGAAAUGAAAGAUAUAUUAAAAACAUUCUGUGCUCCCAACCCAACCUUAGAUGCUAGUCAGAGCACAUCUUCACCGUUGAAAUCACCUACAGCUAUGGCUCCAGAAUUCAAACUGCCCCAUAUCAAUAUUCCAGUAUUUUCAGGAAGGUAUUCUGAGUGGAUACCAUUUCACGAUUUAUAUGUAUCGCUCAUCCACCGAAAUUCAGCACUUAUGAAUGUGCAAAAAUUGCACUAUCUCAAGUCGAGUCUGAGCGGAGAGGCAGCAUCCUUGUUAAAACACAUACCUAUAAGUGAUGCUAACUAUGAUGAUGCUUGGGCUACAUUACAAAAGCGAUACAACAACAAACGAUUCAUUGUUACAUCUAUACUAAAGAGAUUAUUGGCACAAAGAUCACUAUCCACCGAAUCAGCAGGAUCUAUCAAAAAUCUGCUUGACACUACAAAUGAAUGCCUAAAUGCUUUAAACAAUAUUGGAGUGUACACAUUGAGUUGGGACGCAAUUAUAGUCCAUAUUACUGUUUCAAAAUUAGAUGCAGAAUCCAUCCGAUUAUGGGAACAACAAAUCAAUCGAGAGGACGACGGGACUAGCCUGCCAACAUUCAAACAACUGUGUGGUUAUCUUGAGUCUCGUUUCCGUACUCUUGAGAUGUUAGAAUCGUCAAAGACUACCUCUAAGGUCAAUACACGACAGAACACUUUUCACACCACAUUCAAAACCACUUGCAAAUUUUGUCAAGGAAAUCAUUUUAUAUAUCAAUGCAAAGAAUUUGCUCAUCUUACCUAUACUGAUCGCAAACGUUUUGUCGAACAGAAUAGAUUAUGCUAUAACUGCUUGAUUCCUUUCCAUACCGUUGACAAAUGUAAACAAAAAACUACGUGUAGAAGAUGUGGUAAGAAACAUCAUUCAUUGAUUCACCCCGAAGGCAACACUUUAGAUCAUCUUUCUUCAGAUGCAGGAGAAAGUUCACACAUACGAGAAAGUAGACAACCUGAAGUAGCUGCAACACCAGUCAAUCACAAUGUAGCGACCCAUCACGCGGACCAGGAAAUGACCAAGAACGUGCUGUUGGCCACAGCACUGGUUAAAAUUCAAUCAUCAAAUGGGACUACAUACUAUUUGCGUGCUCUGAUAGACCCGGGAUCCGAAGGUUCAUUUAUAACGGAGUCCGCUGCACAGUUCCUCGGAUUAAAGAAAACUACAGUCAGAUGCACAAUUAAUGGACUGGGCGAAGAUGGCAAAGCAAGUCUCACAUCCAAUAGCAUGGUUACAUUCAUAGCACAAUCGAGAUAUGAUCAGAGUUUUAAUAUAUCAGUACAAGCAUUUGUUCUAAAAUCUAUUACUCGAUCACAGCCUGCUCAACGAAUAUACAAACAGAACUGGCCACAUCUGCACAAUCUGGAUUUAGCAGAUCCUCAUUUUGACACACCUGGGAAGAUUGAUAUCUUGUUGAGUGCAGAAGUUUACAGCGAGAUCCUGAAAGAAGGAUUAAGUAAAGGCCCCCGUGGUACAAUCAUAGCGCAAAAUACAUACCUCGGGUGGAUUUUGUUAGGCCGGUUGCACAAUAAGGAGACUAUACAAAGCUACAAAGUUACAACUAGUAUGCAUCUUACAAUUGAGGAUAAUAUUUUACAAAGAUUUUGGGAGAUAGAAUCUGACUCUUUUCGUGAAAAUGUUCUGACUGAAGAAGAGAGUCGAUGUGAGCAAAUAUACGAAAAGACUUGUACCAGAGACAAAGAUGGUAGAUACAUAGUUAGUUUACCAUUUCGAGAAAUAGACCCACCUUGUCAAUAUGGAUCGUCCAGAGAUGUUGCAAAAGAACGACUAUUACAGUUAGAGAAAAGAUUUGUAAAGAAUCCUGAUUUCAUGUUACAAUAUAGUAAUGUUUUGAAAGAUUAUUUAAAUUUAGAUUUCAUGGAAGAGAUUGUUGAUGAGCAUGAGCGACAAAAACCGACGGCAGUUUAUAUCCCUCAUCAUGCCGUUGUCAACCCUAAAAAGACGACAGUAAGAGUCGUGAUGGAUGCUUCGUGUAAAUACAAAAACGGAGCAUCGCUCAACGAUAGUUUGAUGGUUGGUCCUCGUCUUCAACCAGACUUACGCCACAUCAUCCUGCGAUGGCGUAGACACAAAAUAUGUUUAGUAGCCGAUAUUACUAAAAUGUAUUUACAAAUCAAGGUUGAUCACACAAGCUCCGAUUAUCAACGUCUCCUCUGGCGAAAUAAUCCUGCAGAAGAAAUUAAAGACUUUAGAAUGAAUAGAGUCACUUUUGGAACUGCUAGCGCUCCUUAUUUAGCGACAAAAACACUUUAG